CCGGCCGCGUGAUCAUUCGUGUCGCUUCCGGUAACCGGGACUCUCGUCGCCUAAGAAAAUUCAUCCGCCGUGCUUGUUUGUUGAAAUUAAACGAGGAACUGGAAGAAUAAUUCUGUGCAGUGAAAAAUUCUUUAAACAAUAUCGAUUCUCGAAUUGUAAUAUUGUUCCUUCGAUGAUGUUUAUGGUAUUUGCCGAAGAAUCGAAAAACCAGGAAACCUGAAGACCUUUGAAUACGAUGAACUUUGAACUGUAAUGGUGUUUUCGAAGAAAUGUUAAGGUUAAAAAAUUCGAUAUUCCGGGGAAGAAUUUAAUUCUCCUUUCAGACUCUUCAUGUUUGCGAGUUCCACGAUUGUGCAACGGUGCAUCGCAGUCUUCUAAUAAAGUCAGUGAAAAACAGUCGAUUUUUCAAUAAAAAUUGAAAUUUUUGUGGCACUUUUUGAAGAAAUCUCAGUUGAUUGUCGCAGGAAUUGUAUUGCGUCAAUUCCAAGUUUUCAGGCCUCUUAUUGCCACGUUAUGGCAAUAGGAUCGAAUUAACUGAUCGGGUAUCAUCGAAACGAUGACUUAAAAUGAUCCUGAUUGAAUAAAAGGGACACUCUGUCUGGUUCGAUACAUUCAGGAUCAACGUUCCCAGUUGGUUUCACUUGAAAAGAGGAAGAAAAUGUAAGAAAAAAUGUGACGACAAUCGUGCCCGAUGAGAAGAGAGGGUGGGUGAGGAUCGAAAGAGAUACCGAAGGCGUGGGUGAACUCGGAGAGAGGAGAUAAAGAUGCCUCGGCCGUCGAGGGACACUUACGGCGAUCAAAAGCCACCCUAUUCUUACAUCUCGUUGACCGCGAUGGCGAUUUGGUCGUCGAGGGAUAAAAUGUUACCCCUCGCGGAAAUCUACAAAUUCAUCGCCGAUCGAUUCCCUUACUACAGGAAGGACACCAGGAGGUGGCAGAACUCUUUGAGGCACAAUUUGUCCUUCAACGACUGCUUCAUCAAGGUGCCCAGAGGACCCCAUCGCCCAGGCAAAGGUGCGUACUGGGCGCUUCACCCAGCCGCCCUCUCGAUGUUCGAGAACGGUUCGCUGCUUCGUCGUCGGAAACGGUUCAAGCUGCACAAACCCGACAAGGAGUUGCUGAAAUCGGAACUCCAGGCACUGGCGUCGGCCAUGCCGCCGCCUCCCCACUCGGAGUCCUCGCCGGUCAUCACGAUAAACCCGAGCGCCCAAACGAAUGGCCUGACGGUCGCGAAUCUGCACCGCCUUCGCGACGAUCUGCUCCGUUGGGAGCUGCACGAGCGUCGCCUCGGGAUGACUUCCGGCGGGAACAGCUCUCCCGGCUUCUCCGCACCGGAAGCCGGCUCCAGCUACUAUCUGCUGUCGCCGGAAGUUCGACAGAGACUCGCCGGGACCGACGAGAUCCUUCGCGGCUACGAGAACAACCUCCUCCAAACGGGUAGCUGGAGCUUCCCCGGGUUCCAGGUGUCCCCGUACGUCUCUCAGCUGUCCUACUUUCAAACCGACAUACCGGACAGCAGACAAAUCUGUCCCGGCGCCACGGAGACCAGCAUCUCCGACAAGACUGAGUCCAGACCGUUCCUGGACACCGGGGGAAGGAGCAGCAAUUCAGAGCCCGAUGGCAAGCUUCGUUCCUCUUCCAUUUUGGAGGCCGGCAUCUCCAGUCAGACGAGCAUCCAACCCGAGCAACAGAAGAAGAAGAAGAAACCCUUCACCAUUGAGAACAUCAUAGCCCCCGAUGAUCAACAAAUGUCCGGGAACAUGGAAGACGAGAAGAGAGGACAUCUACUCGUCCCCCGACCUCUCUACGCGGGAUUCCCGUUCGGUCUGUCCACCGCCAAGGUACCAUACGAGACUGCUACCUGAACAGUGUCCUGUGAACGAUUUCGCCCUAAAAACUGACGGACAGUUACUCCAUGUUGAUGUUUCUGUUACGGUUCCAGCGAGGAGAACGGGGGCUUCCGGUGACAGUGAUGGUGAUUUUCCUCGGAAUUCUGUGUCCUUUGGUGAUUCCAUCGAUCUGUGCGACGAGGAACGUGUAUUUUUGGUGAAUUUUCAUUCCUAGUUAUCUAGUAACUUUUCAUUUUUCACCGGUCUUCUUAAAGAAAUUGCAGUAUUCUUUCUGGUUCUUCGAAAUAUCAGAUUUUUCUUCGUUUUUCAAAUUCUUUCUAUUCUCGAGAAAAUAUUCUAAUGGAAAAGGAUGAUGGAAUAACAGAGAAUGGUACUAUUUAGAAACGUAUGGGAAAUGUUUAUACCUACACGAUAUAUAAAAAUACUCGAACGAAAGUGUCGGUUACACUUGGAAAGUGUUCGAAGCCGCAAGUUUCUAGCUCCUAUAUUCGUAGCUCCUUAAUAGUCACACUAUGUCAUCCUUUAACACGUAAUUACGAAUCUAAUUAAUUUUUAAGAUCUUUCCAAAGCUCUCGACAAAGUAACCUAGCUAAAUGCUUCUUCGAAUUUCUAAUUAAUACAUUGUUGACCGGUCACGAGCUAUUUUUAAUUAGCUAUUUUUAAUUUUCGAAACUCAGGGUAAUAUAUAGGAUAUUGUAAAAGCUUUAUUACAAAAAGAAAAUUACUUUUCUUGAUAUUUAGAUUUUUAGUGUUACAAAGAUUUCAGCCAUUUCGGAUCGCAAUGGUAAAGAAUUUUUCAAUUAAUUAAUUGCAGACACUUUUUCCGACUGUCCUAGGUAUUUUUAAAUAUAUUGCAAUGAUCUGAUUGCUAUACGGAUUAUUGCACA